AUGUGCAAGCUGUACCACGUCAAGUACUCAUGCGGCUGCGUGGAAGACCGCCCAGUUUCUUGCGCCGAAUCGCCGAACACAUUUGGAACAUGCGCUGCGGGAUAUGAUGACAAGGACGAGGCACAUACCUAUCUAGUCACAGGGUUAGACAAGCAUGAUGACCAAAGGGUACACGAUUAA